AUGAAUAUAUCCACUCGACUCCUUCUCGCUAUCAUUGCAGCGGCGUUCACGCCUUUCGCACACUCGUCCGUUGCCUCCGAGCCCCGUCGGGCUGGCAUGCACCAAUAUGAUAUCAUGGGAUCAGGAUUCCAAAUCAAAGCCCGUGGAAAUGCACACUUGGAAAUCCAAAUAAACAACACCCAUGGCGCCGAUCUAAAUGCGUACGUUUCGGGCAUAGAUCCAGGAACUGGUAAGGCUGUUCUCCUUCGGUCUGAUACUUGGCAAUGGCAUGUACUGGACCCUGGCGACAGUCAGUACACCGACAUUCCUCAGCAAAUCAAACCUGACAUCAAACUCGCGAUCAACGUUCCCAAUCAGAAGCAAAUUAGUUUUACGCUUCCCGGAUUCCUUGAAAGUGGGCGCAUAUGGUUGGCAGAAGGCGAACUGAUGUUCAACACAACUACAAAGGGGCUUCUUGUCGAGCCCACAGUAGCCAAUCCGUCACUACCAGAGUACAACAUCAAAUGGGGGUUCCUCGAGCUUAGCAAUCUGGAGAACGAGGGAAUUCAUGUGAAUCUAUCCUUUGUUGAUUGGGUCAGUCUGACCAUCGGCAUGGCACUCACCUCUACCAACUCCACGGGGGCCCCUGACACACAAAAUGUUAAAGGCAUUACCCCUGAAAGCCUCAAUGACAUCUGCAGCGAGAUGGAGGCCCAGUCCAGAACUGAUUCUCAUGCCGAAUGGGGAAGGAUGUGCGUGCGAUCACAAGACAACACAAUUUUGCGUGUGGUAUCACCCAACUUUUACGCCCAUCUCGACGCGGCCAAGAACUCCAUGAAUGAUUACUACAGCAGCUACGUACAAAAAGUCUGGACCAAAUACAAAGACGUUGAUCUGAGAAUCAACACGCAGGGUGCGGAGGAUGGAGAAGACUUGCCAGUAGCUGGGAAUGGAGCUCAGUCCAUUUGUCGUGUCAACGAGGAUUUCUUGAAAUGUAAUGGAACUGGGGAUCCUCAGUUUGCCAAGCCAAGUACUACCGAUAUCUGGGGUUGCACAGGGCCGUUUGGGAAUGAAACUUCUUUGGUCCAGAAGAGACUGGCUGCGCGCCUGUGUGCUGCCUUUGCUCGUUCUACCUUGCUAUUAGAGGGAGGCGAAGUUCAGCCUUACGGGGAUGAGAGCAAGUACUACUCAGAAAAUGUUACCAACCACUACAGCCGAAUCCUGCAUCAGCACCUGAUUGACGGCAAGGGCUAUUCAUUUCCAUACGACGAUGUCAAUCCCGUGGGUCAGAACGCGGCUGGGCUCCUGACAGCGGCUGAACCAAAAUUGCUGCAGGUGACGGUCUCUGCUUAG